AUGAAUCUUUGGAAAGUACUUGCUUCCCUCAUUUGUCUAGCUCUAACAUUACCCUCACAAGCCCAAAACUCACCGCAGGACUAUGUUAACGCCCACAAUGCCGCCCGUAAACAAGUUGGCGUCGGCCCGAUAGCAUGGGAUGCGAAGCUUGCAUCCUACGCCCCGAGCUAUGCCCACAAGCGAGCCGGAGACUGCGAUAUGAUCCACUCUGGUGGACCCUAUGGGGAGAACCUCGCCUGGGGCAGUUGGGACAUGUCGGGCAUAGAAGCAGUGAAGCUCUGGGUAGACGAGAAGCCGUUCUACAAUUACAAUUCCAACACUUGCGCUCCUGGCAAGAUGUGCGGCCAUUACACUCAGGUGGUAUGGCGUAAUUCGCUUCGGGUUGGUUGUGGUAAGGUGAAGUGCAAGACGGGGGGAGCGUUCAUCUCUUGCAACUACGACCCUCCGGGCAACAUCAUAGGGCAAAAACCGUACUGA